ACUGGACGAUGGAGCUUCGCAGUCACUUUUGCCGGCAGCCACAACCACUGCUCUCCACCCCCCUCCUCUCUCUCUUCCUCAACCCUUCAUUCACCCUCUGCAAAAUCAUCUCCUUUCCCACUUCUCCCGCCUCAUGGUCAUGGACACCUCCACAAGUAUCUCCUCCACCAGCGAUGCCAUUCUUGGCCUCGUGGUGGUCACGAUGCUGACACUGGGCCACGGUGUCCAUCCGAUGCCCGUGCCGACAAACAUCCCCAUCUGCACUGCCGCAGAACCAGCCCAGUACAAUUUGACCUUCAUUGGCAAGUGGUCACAGGCAGCAUUCCCCAAACAGUAUCCGGUCUACCGCCCCCCUGCACAAUGGUCCAAACUUGUCGGUGUGACCCACAGCUCCGACUACCACAUGUGGCAGCGUAAUGGCUUUGCCAGCAACGGAGUGAGGGAGUUCACAGAGAAAGGCGAAGCUUGGACGCUCAUGAAGGAAGUGGAGCAGGCCGGAGAAAAGAUUCAGAGCGUUUAUGGCAUCUUCUCAGCUCCUGCUGUCAUAGGAGGCACCGGCCAGAGCAACACUGUGGUUGAGGUCUUUGCCAGACACUCUUAUCUGUCGUUUAUUGUGCGCCUUGUUCCGAGCCCCGACUGGUUCGUGGGAGCGGAUAGUGUGGACCUCUGCCACGGUGACCAAUGGAAAGACAGCGUGUCUCUGGAGCUCUUCCCAUAUGACGCUGGGACUGACAGCGGCUUCACGUUCUCCUCACCCAACUUUGAGACCAUGCCACAAGACAAAAUCACUCAGAUAACCUCUUCCUUCCCCAACCACCCCGCCAAUUCCUUCUACUACCCCCGACUGAAGCACCUCCCACCAAUCGCCAAGGUAACGCUGACCAAGAUAAGGAAGACCAAUCAGAUAAUAAGCCUUCCAGCGGAGCCCACUCAGUCCAACCUGCUGCCAACGGGGAAUGAGAUUGAGGACAACCUCAUAAAAACGCCGCUGGACUGUGAGGUGUCAGCAUGGUCUCCCUGGGGCCUGUGCAACGGCAAGUGCGGAGAUACCGCUCUGCAGUACCGCACACGCUAUGUCCUUAUGCACCAUGCCAACAAUGGAGUACCCUGCCCCCUGCUGGAGGAGAAGCGGACAUGCGUGCUGGACAAUUGCUUAUGACUAGGCCUGGAAACUAGGGAGGAGAAGAGGAAGCGGAAGGACAGGAAGGAGCGACAAGGGCGGAAAAGAGGUCGGAGAAGAUACAACAAAAGGGUUGCGGUUUAUUUGCUUAAGUCAUGAACUGGACCUGCUCCCUAGUCAGUGAGAAAAUAAGAUUCUCUGUCCUAAGGAUGGACCUGAAAUCAAUGGAGGGAUGUAGUUGUUGCGAGUGAUCAAAAAGUGGCUUUCGAAUUAAUCGACCAGAAGCUCAAAAGAAUGUAUUUAUUUCCAGGAUUUUACCCUGACACGUACAAAUAUGAAAAUAUCCAUUUGUAUUCUUUUUUUGUAACUCAAUUAAGGUACUGGUUUCAUGCAGAAAAUAUUUUUGUACAAAACAUUACAAUAAAUCUUUUAAAAAAAUGUGAUAUCUUUAUUGUCAAUAAAAGUGUGUUGAUUUGA